AUUCUGCCGACAAACAAAAACCACUGCAGUGGACUGAAACUCUUUUCCAGCCCUUCACUCAACUUCCCAAUCUUUUGUUUACUCGUCAUCAUGGACCCUGUCUUUAUGGAUAAUGCUACAUUCUACCCUCCGGAAUGGUCCUCUCCGGCUCCAGCUACAGAAGAAAUCAAGACAAUGUGUGCAACGUAUCGCGAUGGAGUCGAAAAGGUUUACAACGGAGGAAACAAGUUUGAACAGUUCACACCAACCUACUUUACCUCAAUCAAGAAGAACGAGUACGAAGAAACACGAGUGAAGGUUUGGAUCAAUCCGAUUGCACAAAUCCGUCUACAGGUCCACCAUGAUAUACCUCCUCCAAUCCAACCGCUGUACGUCAGCCCAAUAGUGAGGGCCUACUGCGAUGAAAGUCUGGAAGAAGGCCCGCCGACGCUCCCACGUUAACUCGGCCAAAACGAAAGAAUGGUGUUCAUACAGGAUUUCAUGACUGCAUGACCCUGAUGUGCUGGUGAUAUCUACUUUGAAAUUGUUUUAUUAAUGUGGCUUUUCUGCAAGCUUUACUGUUUCAGUAUACUGCUAUCCGCUAAAUUUGUUCACGGCUUCUCUUACAUCUACUCGCCUCAAUCCUUCAUUGCUCUGCCGCUCACAUAGCAUAAGGGUAUGUUAACUGUGACACCAAUGUACGCUUAUUCCCUUCAUGUACUUCACAAGUUUAGACGGGUGAGAUACCUGUGUUGAAAACGAGGUUUUGUAAGCUCGA